UGGCAUAAACCUGAGGACUUCAGGAGGAGGCUAAGGGAAAUGCAGUGUGUGAGAGAGCCGUGUUUUCCCUUCUGUAGCAAAAGAUAGGUGAGCUCUGACUGAUUGAGUGGUACAUAGAAGUGAGGCUGUAUGGUUGUGUGCUGUUUGUUUUUGGGAGGAAUGUCAGCUUGGCUGCAAUUACUGGUGGAUUUUGAAUAAUCUUCCUGUUAGUUGGUGGAAGUUGAGAAAUCCUUUCUAAGCGAGUCAGAACAAUAAGUUAAUAAAUACACUUGAUUAGUUUCAGGAGAGUAAUUCCUGGGAAGACUAGGGAAAUGUUUGGGUUCUGAAAGUCAUCUGAAAUGUCUGUGGAAGAGCUGAGCAUCUUGGUAAGCAUAAGGCAAAGCAACAUUAAAUAUAACAUUUGCUUUUGUUGGCACUGUGGAAUUUUUGUCAGAGCCCUUGCUAAGAGAUAAUGGAGAAGUGAGCCAUCGAUGGGUGUGUGAGAGCUGCUCACAGCACAGGGAAGGAUGGAGUGGGUUACGCAGGAAUUCCAUGGCAGUACUGAGGCUUAAAGCACUGCAGGCUCUUUGAUUGCACUAUAUCUGUGAAGACCACUGGCUGCUGUGGCAUUAUCCUUUCGCUGACAUCCCUGUGGGGCUGCAGAUAGGCUAGUGAUGUGUUCAUUAAUUCACCUUGCUUCAGUGUGAAGGAUUGCCUAGGGUACAUAGGUUUAGUGAUCAGCAGUCAGUAGUAUUUGGAUUUACAGUGGCGAGGUGGGUUUUCCAAACUUCAGGAUAUACUUUCUUGGAUGUCAGAACACUUGCAAAUGUUCUUGCCAUGUGCUGAAGCAAAGAAGAACGUCAGGGAGAUGCUGUCACAAUGUUUGUUCUGUCUUGUUUCUUGUCUGCCCUAUCUUGCCCAAGGAGGCUGUGGAUGCCCCAUUCCUGGAGGCAUUCAAGGCCAGGCUGGAUGUGGCUCUGGGCAGCCUGGUCUGGUGGUUGGCGACCCUGCACAUAGCAGGGGGGUUGAAACUCGAUGAUCAUUGUGGUCCUUUUCAACCCCGGCAAAUCUAUGAUUCUAUGAUAUACUACCGUUCCUCAUAGCAAAGGAUUAUAAACAGUUCCUAAACUUAGUUACAUUGAGUUAUGAAUUUGAAUACGAGGUUAUAUAUCCCUGCUUUCUCUUCCCCAGUAAAGGGGAGAAAAAAGGUGAGAACUGAUGGUAAGAACCCUGAAAUCCUGCAGCUUGGUCUGCUGGAACCCCUUUGUCUCUGAGAAAUGCUGGGACCGUCACAGCCUUUUUGACACUUCUUGAGGAGAGCGGUGCUUUGCACAACAAAACAUAAACCGUUUUCACCCAACUCUUUAUUUAGGCUUCAGUUGCUGCAACUCAUUUCUGGUGCAGUGUACGGACUCAGGGAGCAGUUCUGUGAGUAGCUGCAGACAUGCAGUCCUCUGGGGAGAGGGAUGCAGGGAGCUUAGAAGUUCACUGAGUUCAGGAGCUUUUUAGCAUUGAUGUGGUACAGAGGAGGAAAUCUAUGGAUCAGUUUGUGCAAGUAUUCAGUCUGACUUGCGUGGGAAUCUGUUAGAAUUCAUGCAGCCACAAAAUAAGUGCAUGGGUGUUAUUAAAUUAAUAAAAUGUGCAGAUGUUUAGCAUUGUUGCCUCUGGUACAAAACGGACAAUUGCUAGCAGUAACUUUGCCUUGAUUUUAUACAAUAAAAUCGUUUUUGUUGUUCAAUUAAGAUACUUUUGUGCAAUGGAAAUUGGGAAAAAAAUUUCCCAUAUGAGACGUAAUGGUCAUGUAGACAUCCCUUGGAACAGUGAAUGUCGUCUCAUCGUUCCAGUUGGGAACAACAUAAUCUGUUUCCUGACCUUAGAGUGGGAGUCACAUUUCCUGAAUCAUUUGGUGGCCCAUUUAUAGAAUCCACUUAAAACCAUCCCUAGAAAUCUGAGUGAUCUUGCAGACCGUAUUUUUGCAUUUCCUAACUUCGUGACUUUAUUUAAAAAUAAAGUUUGAGUUUUUCAGUAUGUAUCUAUACCUUUCCAAGAGGCUUUCAUGAACAGAUACGGAAGAGUUCUUUGAGUGCCACGCAACUGCACAGCACAUAAAUACUGUCAUGUCUGAAGCCCAGGCUGGGUGGGAGCUCAUCGAUGCCGCCUUCUCCCCAUAAAGUGUACAUCAAUCUGUGAAGCUGCUCUGGAGAUCAUUGAUUUCUGUUUCUGCAGUUAGCAGAUUCUGUGAUAACUUCAUUACAAGUGCUGUCUUCCUGCAUUUUUCAAUGUUUACAUUCAGUAGAUAGAUACUACAGUAGCGUUUAGAUCCGCGUAAUUAGAAGCCAAGUAAAUGAAUGUCAAACGCAUGUUUUCAGUGGCUGCUCAGAUUUGCCAACUAGUAAAACUCUCCGAACCGUACUAAUUAGGGAGAGAAACGUUAGACUGAAAGCAUUUUUCCCUUUGCUUAUCUGUGCUGAGGGCAUUUGGUUGAAAAACGUGUACUCUUGUUAAAGCUUGUGUAAUAAGUUACUUGUAGAACUUCUCGUCGUGCUGUUGCUGUGUAGUUUGCAGCAAAUCUGAGGUUCUCGGGGGUGAGUUUUAAGGUGUUGACUUCUUGUGCAGUAAAAAAAAAAAAGAAGAAAAAGAGACCGAAUGUCCUGUGUCUUGUCCUUGAGACCUCACCAGAUGAGUGGCUUGUGACUGCCACGGUUCCGGCAGCAGCCUUGAAACUUUCCCAGUAGGAAAGAGGUAACUGUUCUUCCCAUCUCUUUCAUUGAAAAUAGCUAAAAUGAUGUAUUUUAGGGCACAAAAUUUAACAGAAAGGCAUUCGGAACUCAACACGUAUUUCCUCACUUAGAGUAAAGUGAGAGUGCUGAAUUUGCAGAUAUCUGACUUGUAUUUUGAGCGUGUAGUGUGUGGAAUAGAUAUCGUAAGUAUGAGGGCAGGGACCCAAGGGAAUGGCGUAGAGCUGCAUCAGGGGAGCCUCUGGUUGGAUGUUAAGUAAAGGAGGGAGUGUUUGGUGCUGGAAGGCUCCCCAGGGCAGAGCAGCAAGCCUUCCACAAGUGCUGGGGGCAACGCACUCAGACGCAGGGUUUGAAUUUUGGAUGGUCCUGUGUGGAGCCAGGAGUUGGACUCGGUAUCACUGGGGGUCCCUCCUAAUGCAGGGUAUCGUGUGACUGUAGAAAUCUAUUGCUGGUUUCAGUAGGCGUGUUGUCCAAAGAGAACAUCCUUAGAAAACAGCUGAAAAGAUUGAUAACAGCAGUUUCUUUAACUGUGCCUUUCUCUGCUGUACACAGAUAAAGUCGAAAAUGUGCUCUUGCCUAUCGUAACUCCUAAAAUGCAUUGGAACAAACAUGGUUUUGUGUUCUCUGCAUAACCUUCUCUUUGUACUCCUGUGUGAUUCAAGUCACCAUCUCAGAACUGGGCAGAUCCCUUUCUUCAUCUCUAGCUUCAGCACCCUCCUGGAGAACAUGCGGUGGUUUCACACCAAUGGAACUUCUCUCGAUCCUCCUCCUCGAGUGAACGGGGAGAAAAUGUGAUGAGAAAAGGCUCGUGGUUGGGAUAAGGACUGUGAGAUCACUCACCUGCAGGAGCACACCACUCCUGCAUCCCCUUGCUGUGUGAGCCCCAUACUGAAGGUUGGAUUCCAUUGGUGUUCGCUUAAUGGAGAAAUGACCAAGCUCUGCAUGGUUGUUUUUUUUCUUUUCCCCUUUGGAUAUGUUGGUUAUUAUUCUUCAGUAUUUUCCUGUUCCUUAUUCCCUUGUAUCCAAGUUAUUUGCAUUUUUCUCUUAGCUAUUUUAACACAUCAGCAAAUGGAUGUCUUGAUUGCAAUGCAGAAGGCUAACUUAUGGAAAGUUUUACUUUAUUCUAGGUGUGUACAUCUUAUUUGUUUUAUUUGUUCUGAUUCAUUAUUGACCUCAUUUUAUAUAAACCUCAUUAUAUACACCUCAUUGCAGCCUCCCAGUACCUAAAGGGAACCUACAAACAGGAGGGGAGCCAGUUCUUUACAAGGGUAGAUAAUGACAGGACAAGGGGAAAUGGUUUGAAGUUGAAGGAGGGAAGAUUUAGGUUGGAUGUCAGGGGGAAUUCUUUACUGUGAGACUGUAAGGUGCUGGAACAGGCUGCCCGGAGAGGCUGUGGAUGCUCUGUCCCUGGAGGUGUUCAAGGCUGGGUUGGAUGGGGCCCUGGGCAGCCUGGGCUGGUAUUAGGUAUGGAGGUUGGUGGCCCUGCCUGUGGUGGGGGGGUUGGAGCUUCAUGAUCCUUGGGGUCCCUUCCAACUUGGACCAUUCUGUGAUUAGCAACUGUGAACACAUUUAAUAAAGCUUAUUAUCCCUUUGUUAGAAGGAAAUAGUAACAAUUAAUAAAAUAGAACACUAUGUUGUGUAAAUUGUCUCUAGUUCUUACACAGAUCACUUUUUCUGUCUAGUUUUCGUUUUCAGAAAAGGCAAAUUUCCAGAUUUCUGUAGCAUACAGUUCACUUCCUAACUUUUUAAAAUAAAAGCUAACUAUAAAAUAGUGAAGGCUGGUGUCUUAAACAGUGCAGCAAUGGGAGAUCACACUUCCUAAGAGAGGUAGCUGCAUAGUGUUACUUUUCACUGACAGAGCUUUUUAAUAUGGAAUUACAUACUGAUGGUUGGAAACAUGUCAUGAGUCCCCUGCAGUUGCUGUUGCAUCACUUGUAGCACCUGCUGCUGUGUUAAGGAAAGGUGGUGCUAUUUGUCCGGCUUACCAAGAAAAGUGCUGAUACUUAAAAUGAGAAAAAUUAAACCUGUAACAUGCAUGCAUUAAGCAAUCAACACCAAUUAAAUAAUAAGCAGGGUUAGACAGAGCUGCGGUUCAAAUUUUGUCACUUAUUAUAUGUGCUCGCAUACACUGCAAUAUGUCAGUUCAAAUGGAGCAAGCAGUAAAUAGUUACAAAUUGUGGUUUCACUGCCAGGUUAUUAAUUGGUUAGGCUGGUAGUUCUGCCUGUUUUUGACUGUAGGGGUUGAAGUUCUGGGCUUUAGGACAUCUGAAAGUAGUUUAGGAAAGCUUGUAGCAGGCGGUUCUGCCACUCUCUGAGCAAUACUUGUAGGAUGGGAAGAUGGUUAUAACAGUCUGUGCGAGGAGGAGAGCAGUUUCUCAAUGGCAGAAGAGCUGUUUGUGAGGAAUCAGUGCUAUUUUGUGUUUCCUGGAGCAUGUUUCACAUGUUUCUGAAAGGUAUUUACAGUGAGAGCGGGGUAGGUCUCUUCUCACUGGUGACAGAUGACAGGAUGAGGGGAAAUGGCCUCCAGUUGCACCAAGGUAAGCUUAGGUUGGACAUUAGGAAACACUUCUUUAUAGAAAGGGUGGUUAAGCACUGGAAUCGGCUCCCCAGGGAGGUGGUUGAGUCGCCAUCCCUGGAUGUGUUUAAGAGCCAUUUGGAUGUGGUGCUCAGAGAUACGAUUUAGCAGAGGGUUGUUAGAGUUAGGAUACUAUAGUUAGGCUGCAGUUGGACUUGAUGAUCUUUGAGAUCCUUUCCAACCUGAGUGAUUCUAUGAUUCUAUGACAUUGCAGCCAGGAAGAGAAGCCAAGGUUUCUGAACGGUGCUGGCCUCUGCCACCACCAAAUGGGUCUGAAGUGGGUGGAGAGAGGUUUCAUUUUCGUGUGCCUCUCUUGCAGGGAGGUGGUGUCCCGUUAGACUUGGUUUGUGCGGUCUGUUGGUAGAGGACAGGGAAACAGAUCUGUGAUUGCCAACUUUGGCACUGCCUUCUGACAUUACAUCUGGCAUGGUCAUGUAGGGUGCUCUGAAAAUAAUGCCUCCUAUUUAUUUCCAUGAAAACAACAGUGGAUACAAAGAGCACAGUAACAUGACUUGAUAGAGCAAAUUCUCAGCUACAAAACACUGUUUCUCAACACAGUCAUCACCCUUAGCUGUACAUUCACCAGCAGUGAAUGAGACCUUUGGAGGAAUUUGGUGACGCUCCUUUGCUUCAGUCCCCAUUCUGUCAGACUGCCCCUCUGCUGCCAUCUGUCACAUGGCAACAAUGUAAUGGGAUAUUGGUGGGAAGGUUCAGCCUCCGCUACCAUACCACCAUCAUCUGCCUCUGAUGUCCUGGGCCCACAUAAUAAAACAGGAAGUGUUUCUUUUGGAGCAGGCCUUGAGUACAUACAUAUAUUUUUAUUUCCUGUUUGUGAGAGUCUAGCAAGUUCCUUUUUCCACUAUGCAUGGUUCCAGAUUAUAGACACUCCUAUUGACUAGAAAGACUGCCAGGCGAGUGAAUGACUGUGUAUACACGUGUCAUAUGUUAUGGUCACCAUACUCUUGUGACUUGCCUUUGGCAGAUUGGAAAGUGCUUUUGUUGAAUAUUUCUUCUUUGCAGUAGCACAGAAUGGCUUGGGUUGGAAGUGACCAUUAAGAUCACCCAGUUCCAACCCCUCCUGUGGGCUGGUUGCCCCUCACCAGCUCAGGCUGCUCAGGGCCCUCCCAGCCUGGCCUUGAGCACCUUCAAGGGUGGGGUACCCACAGCUCUCUGGGCAGCUGUGCCACCAUCUCACCAACCUCUGAAAAGAAAGAUUCCUCCUAGUACUUCAUCUCAAUCUCUCCUCUUUUAUGGACAUUGCUCUUUGUCUUAUCACUACUGGAUCAUGUAAACCCUCCUGUUGGUAAGCUCUCCUCAGGUACAAGAAGUCUCAAUGAGGUCUCCCCAGAACCUCCUCCAAUCUGAACGAGCCCAGCUCUCUCAACUUUUCUUUGUAAGAGAGAUGCUUCAGCCCCAUGUUCAUUCUUGUGGCUCUCCUGGACCCACUCCAACAGCUCUGUAUCCUUAUUGUACUGGGGGCCCACAGGCCUGGACACAGACCUGAAGCUCCUGAUGGAGCUUCACAAAGGCAGAGCAGUCAGUGGGACAAUCCUGUCUUUCUUCCUGCUGCAGCCCCCUCUGUUGGUGCAGCGCAGGGUACUGGUGGCAUUCUGGGAUGCAGACACACACUGUUGGCUUGCAUCAAGAUUUUAGUUGUCCAACAGGACAACUCUCAGGACUUCUCUCAAUGAGUUUUUCUCCCAGUCUGUACUCAUCCCUGGGAUUGCUCUGAUUCAAGUGCAACACCUUGCACUUGGCCUUAUCAGACCUCAUUAUGUUCACAUGGGCCUGCUUUUUGAGCAUGUCUAGGUCCCUCUGGAUGCCAUCCCUUCCUUCUGUUAUGUCAACUUUACCACUCCACUUGGAUCCUCAGUGAACUUACUGAGGGUGUCCCUGAUCCCAUUGCCUGAGUCACUGAUAAAGAUGCUGAACAGCUCUGGUCACUUUACUACACGAGACAGAAAGAGACUGCUUUGAAGCCUUCCUUUUUUUUUCACUCUGCUGCUCUCAUCAGUUCUGAAUCUUGCACUCUAAGGAGCACUGUGAGCCAGUGGUGGCUGACAGGUUUGUUUUUGAUAGACCGUCUGAGUGCAUUAACAAUUGCAUAGUAUGAAAGUAAAUCUUAGAUCUCAGAGUAUUAGUUCAGAUAUCUGAAAUGGAUUAAAUAAUGGAUUUGCCUGCAAAAAUGUCUGUUUCAAUGCAAUGAAAAUUUUUAAGAAUGCACUGGGGGGAAACACUGUUCUUUUUAGAUUUGAACUGUGGGAUCACAUUAAAACUUCAGUAUUGUUGUCUUAAGUGUCUUUAGCAUGUGUUGUUGACUUGGACAGCUUCUUUCAGCUGUCCUGUAAUUCAUUUUGGAGUACUGAGUCAGUCCUGCAGUUCAAUACUGACGUCGAUGUUGCUCAAAAAAUGUUCCUGAUUUUCAAGUAGAUAUUUACAGCACAGAGACGUGAACUUUCAUUGGGCAGCUUGGUAGUAAGCGAGCUUCUGGUUCUUUGGUGUCUCAAAGGUAUGGGAAGAUGUGUCCAGCUACAGGCUGCUUUAAUCAAACACCGUGUGUUCUUCAAAUGCAGUUUGUAAUUAACCUGUAUGCAGUGUUCCCUUAUUGACUGCAUUAGUUGUGUAUUCGGCUGCUGAAGAGCUUUUGUUACCCAGACACAUGCUUGGCUGCUCUCUGAAUAAGGAAGCUAUGAAAUUUGGCAGGAUAUUCUGGAUUAGAAAACUAUAUUCAGCUCUGAACUACAGUAUUUGAUAAUGAAGGCUGUUAGAUUUGCAGUUUAGGCUCAUUGCAUACUUUUCCCUUAUUCUUCAUUAUAAAUCUCUACUAGAUUUGUUUAGAGUUUUAAUUUCUAGUAAAAUAUUUUUCUUUAUUAAUUUCAAGCCUACUACCUCUCUGAAAUGUUAGAUGAGCUUUCUGUGUAGUCAGGUGUCUGCCCAAGAAGACUGGGCUGCGUUGAACCCAACUGGAGGGCUGGCAGAACUGUGGCAGGCUGUGUUCCAAAGUGCAGCCAUUACUGUGCUCCUAAACGAGUUCAGUUUGCUAGUGAUGCGAAGACCGCCGUAAGGACGUAUCAUACAUGAGACUAUAAAAGCUGCAGAAGAGCCACCAGCUGUAGGAAGCUGCUGGAAAGGUGUUUUGCAUUGAAGUUAUUGAGGAGAGCACAGAAAGAGGCUGAAGCGUUUGCAGUGCAGCUUCUGUUUUUUUCAGUGCCAGCUUAGUCAGUCGGUCAGCAGGUGUGUGUGCUGUGCCCCUGGCCUGGUGCUGUACCUUCAGCUGCAGAAUGCGGCCCUCUCUUUGUUGUGGUGGUUCAGGUGUCUGCUUAGGAAGGGAGAAGUGAUCUUUGCUUGCAUUCGCUUGAAGCUUACUUUAAGCAGAGGUGCUUACUGGCAGCAGGAGUCUGGGCUGUUGGAGCAGGUACCUCUGCCUACAUCGGGAUUCAGGUGCCUGGAUUCCAGAAGUAGCAAUUACUUUAAGCAGGAGCUCUCUUGACCUUUUUACCUCUAGCAUCAGCUCGGCUUACUGCUUGAAGCUUGUGGCUUUCAGGACUGAGGUGCAGCGCGAGGCAGUAGAGGAGCAGUGCAACAUGAGAUACCUGCUCUGGGAGUCCUGAUAUAGAGUAAAGAAAAGCUUUUGCAUAGGUGUUUAGAUGUAAAAUAUGUUGUAUAUUUAGAGGGGUGGGGGGAUAAAGGGAGUAUUAGGUCUAUAUUAAAAAAAACCCACUACUAUUUUUGGUCUCUGUCAAAACCUCAUGCUUAAUACUGUGAUGAAUAAUGGACUUGUGUGUGCUGGUAUGUUGUAUCGGGUUUCUGUGGCAGGGGAAGAGGAGCUGUUGAAGAGUAUCCCUGAACUUUUCCCCCUUUCACAAUGUUGGCACGUAGCCUUAUAACAGCAGCAUGUGAGAGCUGAAAUUCCUCCCAAUUCAUGUGUUUGUGCAUUAUCAGAAAUAUCACAGAACCAGAUAAGGGUUUGGGUUGGAAAGGACCUUUAAGAUCACAUAGUUCCAGUCCUCUGCUAUAGGCAGGGACACCUCCCACUAGACCGGGUUGCUCGAAGCUCCAUUCAGCCUGGCCUUGAAAAUGGAACCGUAGUAGGAAGUGCUUAUAUGUUUUCAGCUUCUGAAAACUAAGAUUACAUCCAGCAGCUGAAUCCAAAAGCAGGUAGCUGGCAAAAGGAGAGAGAGUAGUCUUCAGAGUGAUGGUGGGGGACAGGGCUGCCUGUGUUUGUGGAGCAUUGCACUGGGUUGCCUGCACCACAGGUGUUUGCUUCUGUUGUGGGGAUCAGGGCAAGGCCGAGGAAAGCAGGGCUUCUGCAGCUAUUGGUGCUGCCUGUGUUUUCUUCAGGCUGUAAGCUCAUCUGUGAAACCCGUAUUCGUGAUCCAGGAGAGUAUUUUGUGGGCCGCUCUGUUUGGUGGGAAAUGAAAUGGAGACCCUCUUUGCUGCGGCUGUAGGACUAUUGUGUUCUUUGCUGCUGGUAGCAGUAGAUAACAAUAACUUAAAUUCAUGCUUGUAAGAAAGGAGAGAGCGAGCAAAAUGGAAGUUCAAUAUACUGCAAUUUAUUUAAAGUUUCAGAAGGCUUCCAAUGUCUUGAAGCUGCCUUGAAAGUUGGGAGGAGAAGAGUUAGCUGUGCCAUUUCCCUGCUUCAUGGGUCGUCUUUUUGUAGAGGUUUGGGAGUGUGCGUGCACAUUUCAAAGUAUGUUGCAUGGUGGAAAAGUAUUUGCUAUUGGGGCCUGUAAAACAAGAAGACAACUUGGACAAAUCCCUGCUGUACUCCUGAAUUGCAGUUGGAACUGAAGUGCCUGAUGUCGUGCUGGGGGGUUGGUCGUGGUAAGGUGCACAAGUCUGUCAGCCAUUGGUACAGUAAUUCUCCUUCCAGAAACUGCAAUGCUCCAAUUCAGAAGUACUUCAACACUUGAAUUUCCAGUUUUUCUUUCUAAAAUAUUCUUCUGCAGGUUCGAUCUGUGGAUGAGAUGAAUCAUGAGUUUCAAGCUCUUGCCCUAGAAUCUCGGGGAAUGGGAGAGCUUUUACCUGCCAAAAAGUUUUGGGAACCUGAUGAUUCAGCAAAAGAUGGACAAAAAGGGAUAUUCCUUGGUGAUGAGUGGAGAGAGACUGCAUGGGGAACUCCUCACCAUUCUAUGUCCCAGCCUAUUAUGGUACAGAGAAAGCCUGGACAGGGUUUUCAUGGAAACAGUGAAGUAAAUGCUGUAUUGUCUCCACGAUCAGAAAGUGGUGGCCUUGGCGUGAGCAUGGUAGAAUAUGUGUUAAGUUCCUCUCCAGCUGAUAAAUUGGAUUCCCGGUUUAGGAAAGGAGCUUUUGGCACUAGAGAUGCUGAAACAGAUGGACCUGAGAAAGGCGAUCAGAAAGGCAAGGCUUCUCCAUUUGAGGAGGACAAAAACAGAGAUCUUAAACAAGGAGAUGAUGAGGAUGUUACUAAAAUAAAUGGCAGAGGUUUGCCAAAUGGAAUGGAUGCCGAUUGCAAAGAUUUUAAUCGUACCCCUGGAAGUCGACAAGCCUCCCCAACAGAAGUAGCUGAACGCUUGGGUCCCAAUCCCAGCACCACAGAAGGAUUGGGUCCACUUCCCAAUCCUACAGCCCACAAGCCCUUGGUAGAAGAAUUUUCCAAUCCAGAAAAUCAGAAUCUAGAUGCCAUGGAACAAGUUGGUCUUGAUUCUCUACAAUUUGAUUAUCCUGGCAACCAGGUACAGAUGGACUCUUCGGGAGCUACUGUAGGACUUUUUGACUACAAUUCUCAGCAGCAGCUUUUCCAGAGGACUAAUGCUCUGACUGUGCAGCAGUUAACAGCAGCCCAGCAGCAGCAGUACGCCCUGGCUGCGGCUCAGCAGCCUCACAUAGCAGGUGUAUUCUCAGCAGGCUUGGCUCCAGCUGCUUUUGUGCCAAACCCAUACAUUAUCAGUGCUGCUCCUCCAGGUACUGACCCAUACACUGCAGCUGGAUUAGCUGCAGCAGCCACCCUAGCAGGUCCUGCUGUGGUUCCGCCUCAGUAUUAUGGUGUUCCAUGGGGGGUGUAUCCAGCCAAUUUAUUUCAGCAGCAAGCUGCAGCAGCAAAUACCACAGCAAAUCAACAAGCAGCCUCCCAGGCACAACAGGGACAGCAGCCGGUUCUGCGUGCUGGAGCAACUCAGCGCCCGCUUACUCCCAGUCAGGGUCAGCAAGGGCAGCAAGCAGAGUCACUUGCAGCAGCUGCAGCAGCAAAUCCAGCUUUGGCUUUUGGUCAGGGUCUUGCUACAGGCAUGCCAGGCUAUCAAGUACUAGCUCCCACUGCCUAUUAUGAUCAGACUGGUGCCUUAGUAGUAGGACCUGGAGCAAGAACUGGCCUUGGAGCACCAGUCAGAUUGGUGGCCUCAACUCCUGUUAUAAUUAGUUCUGCAGCAGCACAAGCAGCUGCAGCUGCUUCAGCUGGAGGAACAGCAAACAAUCUCACGGGAGCCACGAACGGUCUAUUUCGGCCACUUGGUGCCCAGCCACAACAACAGCAACAGCAAACAAAUAGUAGCCUACAAUCCAAUUCAUUUUAUGGCAGUAACUCUUUGACCAAUAACUCCCCAAACAGUUCCCUUUUUUCACAUGGUCCUGGCCAACCAGGAAGUACAUCUCUUGGCUUUGGAAGUAGCAGCUCCUUAGGAGCAGCUAUCGGCUCUGCACUUGGUGGAUUUGGCUCAUCAGUUGGCAGUUCUGCAAGUAGUAGUGCCACAAGGAGAGAUUCUCUAUCUACUAGCUCUGACUUGUACAAAAGAUCUAGUAGCAGCCUAGCACCCAUAGGGCAGCCAUUUUACAAUAGUCUGGGAUUUUCCUCCUCUCCAAGUCCAAUAGGCAUGCCUCUGCCAAGCCAAACUCCAGGACAUUCACUUACGCCACCGCCAUCACUUUCAUCACAUGGAUCCUCAUCCAGUUUGCAUUUAGGAGGACUCACAAAUGGUAGUGGUCGCUAUAUUUCUGCGGCACCUGGAGCAGAAGCAAAGUAUCGCAGUGCAGCAAGUACCUCCAGUCUUUUUAGCUCCACCAGUCAGCUCUUCCCUCCUUCACGCCUUCGUUACAGUAGGUCUGACAUUAUGCCUUCUGGACGUAGUCGAUUGCUGGAAGAUUUCCGAAAUAAUCGUUUCCCCAAUCUGCAACUAAGAGACCUUAUUGGACAUAUUGUUGAGUUUUCUCAAGAUCAGCAUGGUUCUAGAUUUAUACAGCAAAAGCUGGAGCGAGCUACUCCAGCUGAGCGCCAGAUGGUGUUUAACGAGAUCUUGCAAGCAGCAUAUCAAUUGAUGACUGAUGUGUUUGGAAACUAUGUAAUACAGAAGUUCUUUGAGUUUGGAAGCCUGGAUCAAAAGUUAGCCCUGGCAACACGCAUACGUGGUCAUGUUCUGCCAUUAGCCCUACAGAUGUAUGGUUGUCGUGUUAUUCAGAAAGCACUUGAGUCUAUCUCACCUGACCAGCAGAACGAGAUGGUGAAAGAGCUGGAUGGUCACGUUCUGAAAUGUGUGAAAGAUCAAAAUGGGAAUCAUGUUGUGCAAAAGUGUAUCGAGUGUGUUCAGCCGCAGUCGCUCCAGUUCAUCAUCGAUGCAUUCAAAGGACAGGUAUUUGUGCUUUCAACUCAUCCGUAUGGCUGUAGAGUAAUUCAGCGUAUUCUGGAACACUGCACUGCUGAGCAGACUUUGCCAAUCUUAGAAGAACUACAUCAGCACACAGAACAACUAGUGCAGGAUCAAUAUGGAAAUUACGUUAUUCAACACGUGCUGGAGCAUGGUCGUCCUGAAGACAAGAGUAAAAUAGUUUCAGAAAUAAGAGGAAAAGUUCUAGCUCUGAGUCAGCACAAAUUUGCCAGCAACGUGGUAGAAAAAUGUGUAACUCAUGCUUCUCGUGCUGAAAGAGCUUUACUUAUUGAUGAGGUCUGCUGCCAGAAUGAUGGUCCUCACAGUGCCUUAUACACCAUGAUGAAGGACCAGUAUGCCAACUAUGUUGUUCAGAAGAUGAUUGAUAUGGCUGAACCUGCUCAGCGGAAGAUAAUAAUGCACAAGAUUCGACCCCACAUCACAACUCUGCGUAAAUACACCUACGGCAAACACAUUCUGGCGAAGCUGGAAAAGUAUUACCUGAAGAACAGUGCUGAUCUGGGGCCAAUAGGUGGACCACCAAAUGGGAUGCUGUAAAAGGCAAAAAAAAAAAAAAGGAAGUGGAAGAAAAAUUUUAUUGUGAAUGAUCAAAACAUACAACUUAACUAUAAAUGUUCUGAUUUUUUUAAAUCUAUUUAUUGACUUUGUUCAUCCAUUUGUAAAAUUUUUAUUCUUUUGUAUAUUUUUGGGGAGUGAAUUAUAAAAAAAAAAAUAAAAAAAAAAAUCUCCAGCCCUGAUCAGGAGACCUAUCAGAUUGGAUGGCUGGCAAAGCACAGAACGCCUGUAUAUGAUGUAAUUGUAUCAAAAUAGCUGUCACAUAUUUUGUAAAUUUUUACCUUGUAAAGUCACUGAAAUAGUUUUUAAAGGGAAAAAGUACAGUAUUCUUUUAAUACACUGGCUUGCAAUCUGGUAGGUCUACCCAACAUCAUAGCACAACAGAUUUAUAGAGUUGUAUAUAGAAUUGAUCCUUAUUUUUCCCUUUCGUGUGAAGUCUUUUAUACCAGAUGAAAAUUGAUCAGCUGCAUAAACAUUAUUUAACACGUCGAAAAGUUAAGUUGUAUUUUGGUGGUUCACAACGUACCGUCAGAUAACGAACAGGGCACAGCAAAUGAAAGCAGAGAACAACAAAACAACGGGAACCCGAGAAGACAAUUUUCACCACUUGCUGUGGACAGUUAUUUCUUUUUUAAUUAGUGCCCUUAGGUUUUCUCUAGCGAUGUAUUAAAGACAACAGUGCUGUAUAUACUUAUAUAUUUAAUUGUUGUACAAGGUAGAGGGAUGGAAUGGUGGUGGUACAUCCACUCAGUAAAGUACGCUGUUGGAAGAGGAGUGAACCCUGUAUUAACUUUACAGUCAGUUUUACAACGCAGGAAGAGUAGAGAUUUGUAUUUUUUUAUUUUGCAUAUAGAACUGUAAGGAUUGGAAAGCGUUGAGCGUUUGUUUUGCUUUCUCACCGUAGAUGCAAAAAACAAUAGGUAUUGACGAGGAGAAGAGGGGCCACUGAAAAGUAAACUCGAUAGCUCAACAUUUAAGCAUGAUUGAUUAAAUAUCCAGAUAGCUUUUUUGCUUCCUAUAAAUAUAUGCAUUGUAUACGUGUAGUUAAUAGGUGUAAGUUUACAGUUUGAAAACAAAUCUCGUUUCGAUGUUUAUUACAAGCCUUGCUAAUUUAGUAGUGACGCUUACCUUGGUUGUACAGAUGUACAUUUGUAAACCUUCAUGCUGUAAAUGUAAUUUGUUUUACCCUUUUUUGGGACAAAAAUUUGCAUUUUAGUGUAUAUUCAUAUCCCCGUCCCCCUUUCUUCCCCUGGCAUAUAGUGUUGUAUAAUGUAAAUUUAUUUCAGCAAAUUAAGAGUGAUUUUUUUAAAUUCUAUCUUUAUAUGGUUUCAGGAAUACGAACCAGCUUUUUUUUUUUUAACUAUUGUGAGAAACAUUAUGUUUUGUUUACAACGUAGCUGUUGGUUCUGUUCAUAUGGACACUUUGGGAGAUCAAUCUGUUCAGAUUUUAAGUUGGGAUAAUAAGCGUAGCGAGAAAGAAGUGGACUGAAAACUUUGGUGAUCGCAGAAACCAAUGCUUCUUCCAUCUUAAUAAAUGUGGCAUGAUUUUUUUGUACAGAAGAGUACUGUAUUUUUGAAUAGCCUUCUCCCAGCGUAAAGCAAAUAUGUAUGAUACUGUCAAUUUUUUUCUCUGGACAUACGACAUUGUAACAGUACCAUGAGAUGAUGUACAUUUACAAGCGGCCUUAUGUACAUUUCCCAAUGAUCUUUUUAAGGCAGAGUUGUGACCAUAUGUGUAUAAUUAAAAUCCUUUUUAAUCCUUUGCCUAUGGAAAUAUUUUGGAAAAAAAAAAAAAAAGCUUACUUUGUAUAUUCAGUUUCUGAAAGAUAAAGAAAGUGCUUUGUAUGUUGUUGAAGUAAGUAUUUUGUGUAAAACAUUCAUUCGGAGGGCAUAAGCAGAAGUUGUGAUCACCAGGAUGGACGGAAGGCGGUUGUGAGCGUUGAUGAAUAAGAGGCUGCAGCUGUAGGGCUCUGACCUUGAGGAAAGAAAACGGUGGUAUAAACUCGUGUAGGGAAUUCUGUUGUAUUACUCUCGGUAGCAGGUUUACGUGAGUCUUUUUAAAGCAUACAUCUGAGUUGCUGCUUUCUUUUUUUAGUGGCAGUGUUUAAAUCAUGAAUAGGCAAACGGGAAAGUGUGUUCUGGCCUACCAUUAGUUUCUGCAUCCGUCUUUUAAUGCCUGCAUCAAGUGAUGUAGUGGGCCGAGUUAUUGUUAAUAACCUCACCUUUAAUUGCCAAGUAGUUUUUGACUGGCAGUUCACAACAUUCCUUUCAAGAGCUACGGGCCCUGCCAUUGGAGCCAGAGCCUUCCCGUAGUCACACAAAGGAUGGCACUUGAGCGACUUACUUGAACACAUUAAUUCUCCUCAGUGAGUAUUUUUAUCCUGUGUACAAACACUGUCUGUUAUUGUCUGCAGAGCUGACAUUCUCUCUGACAUGUGAGACAUUAAAUUAGGCUUUUGGGAAUGUCCAGGCAGAAACUGGUGAUGUCUGAGUCCUUCGUCCCCGUAGCACUCAUGCCAUAGUUGAAUUUAAUCAGUCCUGUAACCACAUCCUUAGUGCUUUCAGUACCUUGAAGAUAAUCUUCCACUUGCUCUCCUAAAUUACCAUUUUGCACAAAUAUAUCCAGGAACAUGAAAAUCACUGGGUUUCCUUUCAGCUAUUUUAGGCUUUGGGUAGAACCACUAGACUUCUUUUUUUAUUAUUAUUAUUUUUUUCUGAAAUACAGCUUUUUGUUAUAGACUGUUUAUGGACCAGUUUGAUUAGGUUUGAUUCCAGGCGGCUCAUAUUAAAUAAUGUAAUGUUCACGUGUAUAUACUGUAAAAAUCAAAAUGAAAAUGUGUUAAUAACACUGUGUGAAAUACA